AUGAACAACAAUAUGACAGAUAUUGUGUUGAAAGGUUGGCCACCUGCUGCCAAAGAUUUUGCGAUAUGUCCCGAUGACUUCUACUGCCAGCGACCGGACGCCCAGCAACCGGGCGAGCUGUUCAUCAAGGCUAGGACCUGGCUAGAGGUCAUUCAAAACGCACCACUCGACGAAAUGAAGGGUGUGGUCACAAAGGAAAUUCAAGACUCUAUGGUCCGAGCCAUUUUCGGCAGCAACCAAAUCGAGAGAGCCGGGUUGAACCUGGACAUUACCAUCCACCUGUGUCGAAGGAUUCUAGAUGGCGAAGAUGUGGGCGCAAUUUGCGAAAGCGACCUCGACUGUCAAUCCACGCUUCUCGAGCUCUAUCGUCGAGACCCUGCCCUUCGAAAAUUACCUAGGAAGGAUGUCCUAAGGAGCCGCAACGAGGUUGUUCAACACUGCAAAGCCUUCAUAUUCCUGAUCGAACAGUUCGUUUUCGAGAAGAAACAUCUGACAGAAAGCUUAAUCCAAGAGGCUCAUCGGAUAUUGGUAGAAGGAGUUCCGGUUACAGACUGCGACGGCCCAGACGUUCAACCCGAGGAGUAUGGAGGAGUUUAUAGGACGUUGAUCGUAGGAGCCGGUACUACAAAUUUCACAGUUCCGAAGUUUGUCCCUGCCAAUAUGAAGAAGAUGUGCGAAAAUCUCCAGGAUGAGCUAGAGGCCGCAGAGGAGAAAAAGGCCAUCGAUCCCAUCUCGACUGCGGCGAAAUACUCCCUGGAAUUCGUUCAGAUCCACCCCUUUAUGGAUAGUAAUGGGCGGAUGUGCCGCCUCAUCCUCAACGUUAUUCUCUGCCGCUAUGUGGGAGUCAUUGUGCCCAUUGGGGAGCAAGAAGCGGAAAGAGAAGAAUACAUGCAGAUCAAGCGUGAUUCAAGUGAGAAAAUGGAGGGACAUGGGGAAUAUGCGACUUUUGUUCUGAUCCGAGCCACGCGACGAAUUCGGGAGAUGAAGAAGAAACUCUCCGGCAGGACACGCAAAUAUUAA